UGGAAACUUCCUGGAGAAUUUCUUGGCGACAAGGUCCUAUCCUACAACGGCUUCCUGAAGUUUAGAAAAACUGUCGAGUCCCCAGGAAGAACGUAUCAUGAGAAUAUCCUCAGAAGGAAGCCGUUGGUGCAUUUGCAAGGAAAUUGGAAGCUGAAGUUGGAGCAUUUUCCUACAACAGCAGAAAGCUUAGCCUUGAAGCAUUUUACCAUUAGGCUCAACGAAUCAGAGUGGAAAGUGCAGAAUAACCCGCAGUUGGAAGUCACCCGGGAAAUGAUGAUGGUUGCCCUACAAAACGUUCAGCACAUUUUCAUCCGGGUCGCAGACUCUCCAUGGUUUCAAAGUGCCAGCGUGAGAGACGUGAAAUUGGACACCGCGGUUCCGUCUCUGUUCCCGAGUUCAGUCCCUGAAGCAGGAGGUGUCGAACGAUGCGAAUGCUCCAAAGAAUACAAUGGGACCUCUUGUCAAGACCCGUCCAGAGGUUAUUAUCGUUGGAGGAAACCGGAUUUCAUCAAGUCAGAAAACAUCGUGGAUUUCGUGGGCAUUUCCAGACCGUGUCAGUGUCACAACCAUGCUCAAUAUUGCGACAAGGAAUCUGGGUCCUGUAUUAAUUGCGGAGGAAAUACGAUGGGAAUGCACUGUGACAUCUGCAAGCCUGGUUAUUACGGAGACCCGAGAUUGGGUCCUUGCAAACCUUGUGCUUGUCCGACACUGGAAAGAAACUACGCCUCAACUUGCCAUGCCGGAUCCUAUUCAUCUGACUACGUUUGCAAUUGUAAACAGGGAUAUGCUGGGAAACGAUGCAACACCUGUGACUACGGGUUUUACGGAGAUCCCAUGACUGCUGACGGUCAGUGCUUGCCCUGCAAUUGCAACCCGUAUGGUAGUACGUCUGAUAUGUGUGACAAAGACACUGGCCAGUGUCCUUGCAAACGAGGCACGUCUGGAAGAUCAUGUCAUAUCUGCUCUAGAUUCCCACCGAUGAUCAUGACCGAAUACGGCUGUCAACCGUGCAAUGAUGGGUGUGCUGGAGCACUAUUGGAAGAUCUUGAAUACCAAGGGAAACUAUUACGUGAAGCUAAUAUUACGGGAAUUCUUCCGGCUCCUUGGGGAAGGUUGUCACACAUACGCCAACAAUCAAUGUAUCUUUACACCAGAUUGGAUAUUUUGAGGAACAUGGAAGCGAUUUUGAAUGGGCAAUACUUUGACUUCGACCUGGACCCAUUUGCCAACGAAAUUCUCAGCAAGGCUGAAAGCACUUUAAUCGAAGCCGAAGAGCUGAUUCCCAAAGCAGAUAAGAAAAUCGGAGACGCCAACAAUGCGAAACUCAUGGUCUUGAAGUUGAGGGACGAAAUUGACAAAAUUGUGUCAAUGCUGCAAAGCUACGCAUUCGAAGACCCGAGUGGCUCAGUGGGAAUCGACUACGCAGUCAAAGAAGCCGAGAGAAUCCUCGCAAUUCUUCAAAAGGUUUCCUUGUCGUCCCAACACCAAGAAGCAUCCGCAGAACUCAAACUUUGCCAAGAUCUCUUGGCCCGAAUCAAGGCCAUGUUGUUGGAGCACCCGAGCAUGGCUCAACUGCGCCCCAAGGCAGACACUUUGUUUCAACGCCUGGACGACCUGAAGAAACACUUGGACAAUGUCAGGAGGGUCUUGUUCAGCGUCAAGUCGACGUCGAAGGAGAACACGGAAACUUUGAGCAUUAUUCAAAGAGCCCUGAAGGACAUCGCGGGUAUCGAGUCUCUCAUCAGAGAUACGCAUGCUUCGUCUGAAGCUACUCUGCUCAAGGCCAGGGGAUAUUUGAAAGAAGCAGCUCUGUACUUUUCGGAAUUGGUGACGCUGUCUGGCUCAUUAAUGGACAGUUACGGAAAGUGCGAAAAGCGAGAAGAAAUUUUCUCUCGUUUACUUCCGAAAUACCAGACUCAGUAUGUUUUACCAGCUCAGGAACACGCGAGGACUUUGCAGGCCACUGGACAACGUCUGGCAAAUCAAUUCAACGCGACGAAAGAGUUUUCCUUGAACGCGAUGAUUGCUGCAGAAGUGUACAAUGAUAUCGUGCUGAAAAUCACCAAGGCUGAAGAAGCUGCGAAAGCUGCCAAAAAGGCUGCCGACGUUGCUCAUCAGAGAGUGUUUUCAGACCCGGACCAGAGUCCAGUGAAAAUGGCCUCGAAGUCAUUGCAAAUCUCUCAGCAGCUUCUUCAGGAAGCCAGACAGCUUGUCAACAGACUGGACCAGCUCAAGCGGGAAUUAUCGGCAGAAAAGAAGAAGAUGGAGCAUAUUAAGAAAACUCUUUCCCGCGUUUCUGAAGAAGUUUCUACCAUCAAUGCUUUAUUAGAUCAGCAAGACAACGCAGGAUUGGAAGAAAGAGGCAGACAGAUUUAUGCGAAAGGAGAAGAGGGUCUGCAAAUUGCAUUCAACGCAUUGGACAAAGCCAUGAACGUUUCUCAUUGGCUGGACAAGUUGAAAGUUGAAAUCAGCAGCUCGCUUGCAGGCAAAACCGCCAACAUAAUCGAAAACGAACAUAAAUUGGAAAUGAUCAAAAUAACGGUGAACAAGAUUCAGCAGGACUUGAAAACUGUCAACAUCACUCGGACGGUUGUUUCCAGAAAGUGUGGAUUCGUUGGAAGUCAGUUGAAAAGCUUGCGAGAGAAGAUAGAAAGGGCGAGAAAGGCUGCUGCUGCUAUUCGCAGGGUGUCAAUGAAAGACGUUUCGGGAUCUUGCUCAAGAGUCUACUCAACACCAACAGCUCCUUCGUUGGUCACGAACGUGGACAUGACCUACAGCUUCAGCAAAGAGCACCGGAACAGUCUUUUGUUUUACAUGCCACCUAGUCCUAACAAGAAUGAUUUCAUGUCCCUGGAAAUGGUGGAUAGAAAAAUCAGAUUUGCCUGGAACGUUGGUGACAGUGUGAAGGAAAUGUUCAGCGAUGCUCUGGCUCCGAAUGACAGGGGCAUGCAAAGUGAUUCCAAGUGGUAUAACAUCAUUGCUUCCAGGAUUGGAGGCUCGGGUAAAUUGAGCGUGCAGCCAGUGACCAUCACGGAAGAUCCCGUGCCCAGAAUCGCGGAAAGAAGCGAUGGCCAGUCCCUGGUCUUGGAUUCUGCCCCCGGGGGAGAAAUUUGGAUCGGGGGAGGACCGAAGGCGCAUUUGGAAAAUCUCAACACCACGAAUUUCGUUGGCAGUGUCCACGAAAUGUUUGUCAAUGGAGAGAAAGUCGGGCUGUGGAGCUUCAAAGAACAAAUUCAACUUUGUACUGGUUUCAUUGAAGGGUCAGGGCAAUACAUCUUAUUGGCUCUUGUCGGCGGUCGAGUUGUUUGCGACAUCAGAUUCGGAGAGGACAUGAAAAUCACGAUGAAAUCGAAUCAGCUGUACAACACAGGGGUAUGGACUUUGGUGGAAAUUGGCAGAGCCUUGCAGGGCGGGACUGAGAAAGCCAAUUUCGUUGUUGACACGGAGCCGGUGCAGAAAAAGGAAAUGAGGGCCCGACCGGGUUACGAACUGAAUUUCGGGGAGGAAGCGAAGAUAUAUAUUGGAGGUGUUCCUCCGGAUUUCCCUCGAGCAGCAUGGCCCAGUAUUCGAUUCGAUUCCUACGAGGGUUGCAUCAUGGCACCGAUCAUGACUCAAGACGGCACUUUGAAUCCCAUGGAGGGCACGUACUUUGGGAUCAGGACCCCGUGUUCCGAAGCCGAUCCAGCUGCUGUAAGUUUCGACAAUGGACAAGACGACGCCCAAGCAACAGCAAAAAUCGUUCGCACCAAAAACGGGAACAAGAAGAAUACUAAGAAGCAAAGUCAGUUCCUCGGUUUUAGCUUCCGAGGGUCCCUGGAAAACUCAUUUUUGCUAGAAGCUGCUUCUUUGAGAGGGAAGAAAACGUCGGCAGUGCUUUAUUUGGUCGGAAAACGACUCAAUUGUACCAUCACGACUCUGUCGGGAUCCGUGUACGAUUUCUACACUCAUUCUGCGGCUCCUUUGGCCGCCUGGGCCACGCAUAAUCUCGCAAUUCGGUGGUCCAAAAAGAAGCUCGCUGUGUUCCUGAAUGAAACUGAAGUGGAGUUUGCGGGUGGAAGAAAAACGGCGAUUUCUGCUCAAGACGUCACUGGAUUCGAUGAUGAACUGGACGUUGUUGUUGUUGGUAGUCCACUCAAAUCUAAAACCCAGGGAAUUGGACGUUUCCACGGAUGCAUUCACGACAUUGUUUUCAGAGAUCAGAAUUUUGCGGUGAAAGAAAACACAGUCAAGCAGCAGCCAGGCUGCGGCCGGGACAAGGUCCUGACGUUUGACAAAUCGUCAGCCAAGAACGCCAUUCUCGGCACCUGCGUCGGUCCUCCGAGACUCGGCGACGGAUCCAACUUUUGCGGCGUCGGCGACACCUGGCGACGAGACCCCCUGUCUCUUCCGGACGCAUCCGACGAACCCGUGACGGGCAGUAGCAUCAGUCGUAGGAACAGUCGGGACUCUGGGUCCAGUGAUCCGACUUCGUCGUUCUGCGCGCCGAAAACCGUGUCCGUGUUGGAAUUUGCCGCGAGUUUCGGCGACUCGGGCAACGUGAGCUGGAUUGAAAUCCCCGGGUUCGGGUCGCAGAUUUCUCGGGCAAACGGAGGCGACUCGAGGGCGUUUUUACUGUCCCUGCAAUUCCGGACGAAUGCAACGAACGGACUGCUGUUUCACUCCCUGUCUGAGGAAGGACACAUACUUGCCAUUUAUUUGCGAGACGGUCAAGUGCAAGCAGUCAUUAACCACGGGGGCAAAUCAAAGAAGGUCGUCAAACUGAGGUCACGUGCUUUUGUUGCGGAUGGUCGUUGGCACGAGGUAUCCGUCGAAAGGAAGCACAAAGACGCGCGUUUGUACCUGGGUUCGACCCAGAUGGACAACAAGAAAGUUGCCAAGGGUUUCAAGUUUGGCAGUUCCAUCUUUUUGGGUUCCGUGGCUGACGGCAGCAAAAAGUUUUCACCGAUUGUUUACCAACCGUAUGUUGGCUGCAUCACAGCUGUGGCUUUGAACAAAGUCAGAAGGGAUCUCGGUGCUGCAAAGUUGACCAACAUCUUGAAUUGUUUCAUCGAUGCUGAACCCGGGGCAUUUUUUGCCGAAUCCCUGGCGAGUCUGAGCAGAGGCUUGGACAUCGAAUUGGAAAUGAAGUCAACUGAGAAGCAAGCGGUUCUUUUGACAGUUGGAAGCAUGCAGGGUUUCGGACCCGGUGUCCAGUUGUCUUUUCAUGACAAUGAGGUUAUCUUGAGAGUGAAGCCAGUUUCAGGAAAACACAAGAUCCUGAAAUACCAAAUGAGCGGACUUGAAAGCAUCUGCAACUACUCCUGGCAUAAAAUCCGCGUCCGAGUCGGAGGCUCGCGUCUUUCUCUGCAGGUAGAUGUCGCUCCAGAGAUCGUAGAAAAUCUAUCGUCCGUCCUGGAUUUUGGCGUGAGCAACGUUCGUCCGGAUAUAUUCAUCGGAGGAUCACCUGAAGAUGAUGAACCAACUUUCAAGGGCUGCAUCAAGGGUUUCCAGCUGAGUGGGGCUUCCGUUGGAUGGGAUUCGAUGAAAGUUUUGCGGAAUGUCCGAAUCAGUGGUUGUCCCGCAUUCACCGGAUCAGAACUGAAGCACCUUCGAUGUUUCGAAAAGAAUUACUUUGCUGUUCUAUUCGUUUUUCAUUUGAAAACGUUCCAAAAAUUCAGAAUAUUGCAAAAAGAAAAGACUCAUGAUUACGUACCCGUGAGGAACCUCGUCGUAAGGGUAGACAAUGACCCGGUCGCCCACUUUGACGCUUGGGUUGUCUUCCACUUCCGGUCCCAGGGCAUCCACGAUCCCGGCAACCUCGAACCCCGGAAACAAAGCCCCUUCCCGGAACCCAAGGAUGCAAGAUCCGCUGUCGUUGCUGGACGUCCUUCGGACUUGGGAAUCCCGACGACGGGCAAGUUCUUUGGUGCUGGGCUCUCUAUAAGCUGCAGCACAGCUGGUUUCAGAGCAGAUUAUCAAUCUAUGAAUGCUGAACAACAGGCAAUGAAUAGAAUUGAUCCAUCAGAUAUCCCUGAAAAUGGGAUUUAUUUUCUGGAGACAUCAGGAUUGCCCAUGUUGAGUCCCAAACAGCUCUGUGCAGUUUCAACCUCGAACCCCGGAAACAAAGCCCCUUCCCGGAACCCAAGGAUGCAAGAUCCGCUGUCGUUGCUGGACGUAUUUCUUGCGAAUUCAGGCGACGACGACAAAGAUGACGAGUCAGUGUUUUCGAACUUGCGGAAUGUGAAGGGUUUGGUGGGGACUCUGAAGGAAUACGUUCAGGAGCAAUUGACCCAGCUUGCAUCUUGA